GUUGCUUUGAUUUUUUGGUGUAAUGGCGGAGAAAAGCACUCCGUGAGAGUUACUAGAGGUAUACACAAUUAUGUGCACCAUUAUGAUGAUGGUCCAUCUUUUGAUUUGUGUAUCACUCAAAAUGAUGAAGAAAUUGCAGGCUCUGUUGCUAGAAUGGAUGCUGAGAGUAGUAUUAAGAGGCGCCAUGACCCGGUAAGUAUGGAAACAAUGGUAGAUGAAGGUUCAAAAUCUACCAAACGAAAAGAUGUCAUUGAUUCAUCGAUAUCUGAAGCAUCCCUACCAAGUAUUGAAAAGCGGAGAAAAGUUAUCGAUGGUUCUUCAGUUAGCAAGGGAAAAAAUGUUGUUGAAGAUGUUCCUUCAAAAGCAGGGGAGAGUAAGUUUUUUCUGAAAGAUCCUCCUACUCAUUCAGUGCACAUGAGUUGUUACACCAAUGUUGAAGUAUUUAAAGAUCUCAAGGACAAACUAACUGAUAAGCAGUACAAAAUAUUUGGGGAAACUUGCUUUGGUGUAUUCACCAAAAUGCAACACUGUGAUGUUCAAGCACAAAUGUUGAGGUGCUGCAUGGUGAGAGAACUUAUUGGAAGUACUCCUGAUGCUUUUUUGAUUGAUAUAAAUGGUAAUGAAUUGCGGUUUUCUAUUAGAGAAUUUGCAAUAAUAACUGGUUUGAAGUGUGUUGGUGAUGAAGAUGCUUUUAAAGUUAAGCGAGGGUAA